AAACUGAAAACUGAAAAGCAUAGGUGGCUUUCCCAACCAAUCAAACCAUCGAUUUUGGGGUAGCGUGUGCAGCAGGUGCAGGAAUCUGCCUCAAGCUCGCCACGGCGGCGGCAGUUGCAUUUCAGCAUCUUUAAUCUCAGCUCAAAAUGGAGGCGCAGAGUUCUCGAGAACCUGACCCGCCCGCCGUCACCACCCGGCUCCGUUCGAGGCCCGAUCCCUUCCUCAUCACCUGCCGCUGCUUCAGCGUCAUCACAGCUCUCGCCGCCAUUCUCUGCAUCGCCGUCAACAUCCUCUCCGCCGUCCAAUCUUUCAACAACGGAUCUGAUAUAUUCGAUGGGAUAUUCCGGUGUUACACGGUGGUAAUUGCCUUGUUUGUGGUUGUCGCCGAGACCGAGUGGGAAUUCAUCAUGAAGUUCUCCAAGAUCCUGGAGUACUGGGCUGGCAGAGGGAUGCUGCAGAUCUUUGUUGCAGUGAUGACCCGAGCUUACCCUGAGUAUUUAAAGGACCAUGCAGAGCUUUUUCUUCUCCAAAGCAUCUCUAGCUACCUGCUUCUUGGAUGUGGUGUAGUUUACGUUAUAUCAGGAAUGUGCUGCAUUGGCAUGGUGAAACGGGCUCGCCAGAAAAAAGAAAUCUCCAGGGAGCAAGCAAUAAAGGAUCUUGAGGAGCUUGAGCAGCGCCGAGAAGAACUUGAGUCGUUGUUGGUCCCUGAAGCUUGACUCGGAGCUCGGAGCUCAAACUCAGCAGAGAAAUGCAGUACCGGUCAACCUGUAUUGAACCACACUCACCCUGCUGUUUAAAAUUAGUGAGGCUUAAAAGGAUUGUUUUCAGUGAUUGGAUUCUGUUGUACAGUUGCGUAGAUUUGAAUUUAGCUCCCAUUCUGUUGGAAGAACAAUACUGAGUUAGUGAGUUGUAGUUGUUUGUUGCUUCUUUAUGGAGUAUUAGCUUUCCUGAACUAUUCUUUGAUUUUGGAGAUCUCCAGUUAUCACAAGCUUUCAGCAUGAUUCUAGGAUA